UAUUUCGCUUGUAAAAGAAUCACGAUGACGGUGGACUAAACAGUUUAUGCUGAUAUAACGCCAAGAUGAAGUUUAUGCUGUUGGGAAUAUUCAUUAUUAGUAGUACAGUAGCUCAAGUUCCUAUACCAGGGAAAUGUCCGAAUGUGCAAGUUGUGCCAAACUUCGAUGUUGGAAAGUACCUCGGAAAGUGGUACGAAGCCGAGCGUUACUUCGCUAUUUUCGAAAUAACAGGAAAAUGUGUCACCGCAGACUAUAGUUCUGAAGACAAUGGGACUGUGAGUGUUCUCAACAAGCAAAUUUCAGUCUUAACUGGAAUAGAAUCAAGCAUUGUAGGUUACGCUAUGCAGAAAUCGUCAGAGAAAGCCAAAUUGACGGUAGUCUUUCCGACUGCAUCAAAAAUUGAAGGCUCUUACUGGGUGCUUGACACUGAUUAUACAUCAUAUGCCGUUGUGUGGAGCUGCACCGAUAUAGCCAGUGUCUUCAGUAUAAGGUUCGCAUGGAUUUUAACGAGGCAACGAAACUCAUCUAUCGCUGUCAUAGAAAAAGCUUAUCAAGCUCUAGAUAAGAAUGAUAUCAGUCGAAGAUUCUUCAUCAAGACAAACCAAAUUGAUUGCCCUGCAGAACAUUAAAUUCCAAAUUAUUCCAUUGUUAUUUGAUAAUUAUCUCGUUAUUUUAUUCUAAUCCUUUUAUUCUUUCUUUGAAUGUCUAGUCAUCGUUAAGGUUUUCAAUAAACUCUUUUGGCA